AUGAGGCUCUUUUGUGCGGGACGAGAGUGCAAUGAUACCCUGAAGGAACUAUCUGAGAGAGAGCGUAGCCGGGACCGCCACAAAUCCCGCAGUAAGGAGAGCAGUCGCUCGGAGAAGUCUGUCACUAUCAACGCUCCCCCAGCAGAGCCAUUGUUAGGAGACCAGUCAGUGCGAGGAGAAGAGGUUCAGGAUGAUAACUGGGGUGAGACUACGACAGCUGUCACUGGCACCUCAGAACACUCUCUAUCUCAGGAGGACAUUGUUCGCAUCAGCAAAUCCCUCGACGACAGCGUGGGCUUGGACUGCAAACAUUAUCUAAAUGUGGCUCUGUCUGUCAUCCUGGGACUUGUGGUUUUUCUUACUCCACUUGCCUUCCUUAUCCUGCCUCACCUCCUCUGGGCUGAUAGACUGACAGCCUGUGGAACGGCCUGUGAAGGUCUCUUUAUAUCUGUGGCAUUUAAACUGCUGAUUUUAUUGUUGGCAGUGUGGGCUCUAUUCUUCAGGCCACCCAGGGCUGGUUUGCCAAGAAUCUUCGUCUUUCGAGCCUUACUAGCCACAUUGGUGCUAUUGUUUGUGCUUUCCUAUUGGUUGUUUUAUGGAGUACGCAUCCUGGACUCACAGGAUGAGGACUACCAAGGGAUUGUGCAGUAUGCAGUUUCACUAGUGGACGCUCUGCUCUUUAUCCACUACCUGGCCAUCGUGCUGCUGGAGCUCAGACAGUUACAGCCGUUCUUCUCUCUCUGUGUCACACGCUCCACAGAUGGAGCAACACAACACUAUAACUUGGGUCAACUCAGCAUCCAGAGGGCAGCAGUGGUUAUCCUAGAGAACUACUACAAAGACUUCCCUGUCCAUAACCCUGCAAUGCUAACAGCUUCCAAGUCCCGCGCCGCCAAACACCUGGCAGGCCUUAAAGUCUAUAACGUGGAUGGUCCAGGAGGGAAUAAUGCAGCUGCUGGUAUAGCCCAGUCUCAGUCUCGAGCAAUGAUUUUUUUUUUUCUUCGUCCUGGCAAAAGGAUCCUCUGGACUCCACCUCAGCCCUCCGACCCUUCAGCUUCACCAGGCUCCAUCAGUCCUCACACUCUGCUGUGCUCCUCCUUUUCUUUGGUUCUACCUUGGUCCUCACUCCCACCGAUUCUGCUCCAGCCUGUCAAGCCUGAGCUUGUUUCCAUCUCUGUACUUAUAUAUACCGAGCAUGAGAGACGUGUCCGCAAACGCAGGGCUAGGCUGGUGGUGGCAGUGGAGGAGGCAUUUGCACACAUUCGUCACAUGCAAGAGGAGGAGCAGAAGAAGGCACCUGGUGACGUGAUGGACCCACGUGAAGCGGCUCAAGCCAUCUUCCCUUCCAUGGCCCGAGCACUGCAGAAAUACCUCCGCACCACCAGACAACAGCACCUCCACAGCAUGGAGAGCAUACAGCAGCACUUAGCCUUCUGCAUCACAAACAACAUGACACCUAAGGCAUUUCUGGAGAGUUAUCUGACCACAGGCCCUACACUGCAGUAUGGAAAGGACCGCUGGCUUGCCAGGCAGUGGACCCUUAUCAGCGAAGCCUCAGUUACCAGUGGUCUGAAAGAUGGGGCCGUUUUUCUGCUCAAAUGCAUUGACUUUAGCCUAGUAGUCACUACCAAAAAGAUACCUUAUAUUCAGCUUGCUGAAGAAUUCAUCGACCCAAAGUCACACAAGUUUGUGCUUCGACUGCAGUCUGAGACUUCAGUUUAGAUGGGGGGUUUUUUUCUCGUUUAUUUUGUUUUCAGCAAAAACUGAUUUUCUUCUGGGAUGUAUUUUUAUUUGACUUUCAAGUAAUAUAUAUGUAUAUCAAAUAUUUCAAUAUAUUGCUUUUUCUUUUAUGAGUUUGUUUUGUUCGUGCUUACAUGUUCAUCGGAAUUAACACGUUUGCAGUCAAACCAAACAAAAUCAGAUCAGAUAAAACUGUUAUGGAGGUUGGGUAUAAUUACUGAAGACUACAUAUUAAUGUUUGUAAAAUACAGAAACAGUAAAGGAUGGAGGAUAGUGGGUGCAGUCAAAUACUUUUUCAGUGGACCACAGAGAGAUGGAUGGACUCAAAUGGGCACGUUUUCUCUGUCUCGCUACUCUAUAUAAAAACACUCUGGGAAUAUGAUCUGCAGACUUUCUGCAAGAUCCACAAUAGUGCAGUUGGAGCUGCACAGAUGAGACUUUGAGAAACAUUGGCCAAUUACUGUAUCGUUAUAGCAACAGGUUUUCCCAUCAUAAGGUUCACAAGCACAUCAUCUCAGCCAAAUUACCUUCUACUACUGUAAAUGCACAUCAAAAAUUUCCAAUGCACAUUUUUAACAAACUUGUUUUUGCUGAUAGGACAUGUGUCUUUGUUUAUAUAUAUAUAUGCACAUUGUAUACCAAUGGGAGAUAUUGGUGUGUGUGUGUG